GUGGACUUUCUCUCAGGCUUCGUUCAGACUGCAGGCAAAUCCAAUUUGUUUCUCAAAUCAGAUCUUUGACAGAAGCAACUUAUUUGCAAGUGAUCAGAUCGGAUUUGUGUUUUCUAGACAUCAGCAACCUAUCUGCAUGUUUUGCCGUGGUAACAACAUAGGCGUCAGUAACAACGUGACUAUGCUGGUGCCCAACAUGGAAGACUCUCUGGUAUACAUUGCAAUUAGGGGGAAGCAGUAGAAAGUGAAUGCAGAGUGAAAGUCCCAGCAGAAAAUGUAUCUUGUACUGCUGCUCUUAAUGUCUUCUGCAGCGCUCUUCUAUAGCAGCAUGGAUUCUUCUCAGCACUUCAACACUUGGAUUGGAAUCGCAUUUCAAACCCUCUCCAAAUGAUGUUUGGAUCACAUUUGCAUAAAUUGCAUUUCAUUAGUUUUUUUGCUGUCCAGACAUGGCCUUAUGAAAUUUAAAUCCUCCAUUAUGUAGGAUUUGAAAAUUUCUGACUUUGGAGACACCAAGUGGAAGUAUUCAAAACGACAUUUGACCCGAGGAUACACAGCUCUCACACCAGAAGAGUGAUAUUCAGCAAUCUGAAUGUGUGACCCGAAGACAAGGGAGACACAUUCUUUGUUCAGAAAAUACAGAAAAGAAAAAGUCAGCGGUUAAUUUUGACCGUAGUUGUUUGAAAAUAUGCCAAAAAGUUUUUUUUAUAAAGAAGAAACAACCCUAUUUCUGUCAGACAGAUCUCUCAAAACAAAGUGUAAACCAUAUAGGAUCCUUUUCUUACUAUAAAAUGACUGACUAAGUACGUGAAAAGCUACCUAAAGAAGAUAAAUGCCAAGUUUAAAGAGUGAAAAGUUAUAACAAGACAUUCAAGAUGUAGUAAAUGUGUAACUAGGACCAGUUUAACAUGUGAAGUUUGAUAGUUUCAACUGUGUUUUCAGCAGUUUUAAAUUGGAGUGUAACUAUUCCAGACAAAACACAAAGAGAGAGGAACAUGGUACAUCAGAAUAUCUGACCUACUGUGUUAACAACAUUCAUAGAUGUUCCACGGCACUGAACCGUAGACAGGGAUCCUUUCCAUGUGUCAGCAUGUUGUGCCAGCAGUGGUAAAUAGAGUCUGAUCCCUCACACUUCGUCUCAGGGCCUCAGUGUCCUGGAUGGAGGCCAGCGGGGUUAGUGAUCCUCUCCCACCUCUCUCCUGUUCCCUCUCUCAACCACAAACUUUGUUUUUCCAGCUUUGAAAGAGGACCACCACUUAACAUAUCAGACUAAUCAACCAGACUGUUGAACUUCAAAACAAGUUUGUCAGAAGUUGGAUUUAAACUGGCCUUUUGGGAUCUACUUUUUCCACAGCCUGUUUGUAACUUUUUUAACCGUCUCUAAUUUCUAAUUUUCACCCUUCUGACUGCGUUUCUUUUCUGUCAGGUACAAUGGCUCUAGGGGGGCUUAAUCCGCAAGUUAAAAAUUCCCUGAGUGGGAGUGUAUUUUUCGACCGCGGUUCUAUAGAGGAACCUCCACCUCCACUCCGCAGCUACCUCUGUUUGACUAUUUUCACCUGUUUUUGUCCAGCAUACCCCGUCAACAUUGUGGCCUUGGUCUUCUCUAUCAUGUCUAGGACCAGCUAUUAUCAGGGUGACCAUGAUGGGUCGAGGCGGCUGGGCAGGAACGCUCUUUAUGUUGCCGUUGCCUCCAUCGUCAUUGGCCUUCUCAUCAUCGCUAUCUCCUGCAUCGUUCAUUUUACCACUGGGGAUUUUUAAUGUUGUGGAAGUAGAGAGAGGGGGAGAAAACUGUGGAUGAUAAUGUCUGGAUGGGCUCAGGUGGUUCGUUUACACAGUGCCAUCUGCCAAUGAAAGGACUAUGACUCGCCUCGUGUUCACUUCAAUCUGCACAUCACUUCCUCUCAUGUUUAAUAUUCUUCACGUGGACAAUCAAGGACUAGACAAGCUGGUGAAUGUGUACAUUUCAGAAAUUAACGUCAAUAAUGCUUUGAAUUAAAAGGCAGCUUUCUACAAAUGUGAGGGAAGCCAUUGUUCACAGUAACAUUUUGUUAGGCUGUGACCCCAAUUUGAGAAAUGUGUUUUCAGCGUUGUAUUUUAUCUAGAAUGAUGACAACAGAUUGUCUAUAACUUGAUCAGUAUACCUAUUUAAUCCAUAAAGAAAUACUUUUAGUUCUGCUAAUACUAUGUUGUUAAGUUUUAUUAAAAUUAUAGUUUAUUAGUAAUUAUAUUGAUAUUUCCUGCUACAACAGUUCUAUUCAUUGUUAUUACAAUGUGUCAUUAAUGAAUUGAUUAAUAAAAUAACUUUGCUAUGUACAGAACCAAUUGUAACAACAGAGAAUUUCAAAUGUUUUAAUGGUCUUUAGCAAACUCCUUAUUAAUCAGCUCUAAACAUUUCUAGAUUAUUUCCUGCUCCACAUCAUGAUUGUGUCU